AUGUCAGCGCCGCCGUCGUCCAAUCGCCACAAGCGGUCUGCUUCGAUUGACGUGUCCUCCCUGAUUGCGACGCGGGACGGCAUAGGGCCCGCGAAGGACUACCUGGCGCCAGCGGCCUCACAGUCGCUGGCGGCUGCCAGCCAUGCGCCUCAGGGCCACCUGUCGCCGGAACGUCGGUCGCCCCUGGCGCGAGAUGGCGGCACUGGCACCGGCACUGGCACUGGCAAUUUCAUAAUGGGACAUAAGACCGCACCGCCGGCGUUGGAGGCCUUGCGCCAGAAUCACCCCGGCAUGUCGUUGGCCCAAGCGGCUUUGGCGGAGUUUGAGGAGGAGGUGUUGGAAGAGGGGUAUGAUGAGGACGACGAGGAGCCUGAAGACGACGAGGAUGGCGACGGGGGGGAGAUGGAGCCGGCCGUGGACGAGUCGUUGAAUUCCGCAGCCGGCAUUGAUAGGCUGGGCUCCGUCAUCUUGUCUGUGGCGCUGCCGCUGGCGGCGCAGGGCUCCCUGCAUCGGCAGAUGUACGUGUCACAGCAGCAGCGGCCGCCGCUGACGAUGACGCCCACGCAGCCCCAGCAGCCCCAGCAGCCCCAGCAGCAGGCACCAGCGGCGGGCUGCAGUCCUCCAAACCACAUUGGCCAUGUCCCAUACGAG